UGUUUGACCCGGAAAUUAAGUUACGUUCAGUUCUAAUAGUGUUGGCUUUGCGAAAAUGGAGCAGCUGUCCGACUGGAGUUCGAGUUCGGAGUCCUCGGACCUCACCGCCUUCCUGCAGCGACAUCCAGCCCUGCAGCCGUGCGGUAACAACCGGGUGAAAUGUUCCCUGACCGGGCAUGAAUUGCCAUACCGAUUGGCUGAUUUACAGGCCUACACGAAGGGAAAGAAAUACCAGCGUCUGAUGAUGAAAGAGCCAUUUGACUACAGUCAAUUCGAGCCACACAUCGUGCCCAGCACGAAAAAUCCACUGCAGCUGUUCUGCAAGUUAACAAUCCGCCACAUUAACAAGAUUCCACAACACGUCCUCCGGCACGUGAACGGGAAACGGUAUCAGAAAGCACUGCAGAAAUAUGAGGAGUCUGUAGCUCUUGGGGUCCCCUACGUCCCAGCGUCUCUAUCCCAAAAGAAAAAUCGGACUCGAGAGUCUGGUAAGGAAUCUCGCCCCAAAUCGAAGGAGUUCUGGGAGCCUAGUGAGAGUGCAGGGAGCGAGAGUGACGACUCGGAUGACAGCUUGAGCGAUCUGUACCCAGAGCACUUGUUUAGCAGGCAGGAAGCAGCAGGGGAAAAGGCUAAAAUGAAUGAACAUAUCCCAGAUGAGCAAGAUGAUGAGAUGGAGGUCGUGGCACCAUUGCCAAGGAAGCGGAAAAAUACAGAAGAGAAUCAUUUUAUUAAGAAGAAAUUAAAGAAAGGACUUACUGGAAAAUCUAGUAACAGCAUGAAGUUUUAGAAAAGAAAGCUGGAAAAUGGAACUGAUUCUGGAAGAGAACAUUUUCUGUGUGUUUGCUGCUAUGCAGGAUAUAUGCUCACUGUACAGUUUUUGUAAAGUAAAACAGAUCUGAUAAAUGCAAAGGCUGCGCUUUCUCUUCCUCCACGUGGUCUUCGGACGGCUGUGGAAAAAUGUUAUUCCUCCUGUUUGCAACAAUGCUGAAUUUCACUGGGAUGUUGAUGGGGGUUACCAUGGUAUCAGGCCAGUAAGCCCAGUGGUUCAAAUGGAACUGCUGACAUUGCGGAAUUUAAAUUCAGUCAAUAUAAGCAGAGAUGUAAAGAAAUGGUACUAUUGAUUGUGAAAAUUGGAUAUACCCACAAAAACCUAUAAUUCUCCAAGUAACUUGGGUAACCUCUUGGAAAGGUCACUGAGCUGGACAUUUCCCAUGACAGAGUCAGUAUGUUUACAGUAGUUAGGGUGAUGAUUCUGGUUCUGCUCAAUCAGGAUAAAGAGAGAAGGAUCAUCAGUUCAUUGCUGCCCUAGUCCUUCUGGCUGGUGUGGAAGCUGCUAUCCAGGAAUACUGAAUUGAUUCAGUACUACACAGCAAUUCAUUUGGAAAUAAAACUGCACAUGUCAACAAUAUGAAGGGUGGGGAAAGGAAUCAAAGCUUUUAUUUCAACAGCUAAAACUUGACAUUACAAUUUCUGAAGGUUCCUGACCUUUUGUAGCUCUUAUUGCCCCUGGGGCAGGGGCAGGAGCAGACUGUAUGACAGAGCGCACAUCAGCACCAAGGAAUUUGUACUUGAUGCGUAAAAACAUACCACAGUACUGUGUGAAGGUUCUCCAGCUGAAUGUAGUUUCGCCUCCCCUUCCCCACCCAGUCAGGCACGUUGACUAAUACUGACAAUUUACUCCACAGUGUCUUGAGCAAGAGUCCAUCCUUAUUGCUGUAUUAUAUAAAUAAUUUGUCUCCACUCCCACAUCCUGCCAAGGACCUCCAGUCCCAAAGCUAGUGUCGAGUGAAAAUGAACUGCGUCCUAAAUUGCUAUAUGAACAUACAAGGCUUUAUAUCGAAGACUAACCUACACAAUGAUACUGUGAUAUCCUCAAACUUCUAUGGGGCCACCUAUCAACUGGCUUCUCUUGCUGCUUCCCCCACAGCUCACUUGUAGAAACCAAAACUCAAGCUAAAAGAGAUGUGGUUAAAGUAACAUCUUGGACUGCAAGACCAAGACUUGCCCUUUGGGAAUUGGUGUAUAGGUUCCACAUAUUCAUCCAAUUCACAAAUCAUUGAUUGACAGUGUAGGCAAUGUAGAUGUUCUUUGUUAACAUGAUCAGGCUUCAUUUCGCAAUUCACCUCUUUUACAGUGGCUACUGAAACUUGAUAUUACCUUUCUUCAGAAGGGCAUUGUCUACUUUGGAAUGUGGGUGUUGUGGGCAUGGGCUAUCACUUGGAAUCUCAAACAAGGGAGCCAUUUUCCUUGCGUGACUGCAGAGGAUGACAGCAGGAUUUUCAACAAUGAAGAUGGACUGAAGUACAUUAAUCAGUGCACACA